AUGGAGGGACUUACUACCAUCCCACCUGAUAUAAUCGAGCGCCAGUCGCUCUGCUUCUCUCGUCCAGAGCCAGGCAUGGUCGUGCAACAAGGAGAGAACGGCUUCAGAGAAGAACUGUCACAGCUAUAUGUCCCCGCAGAGAGCAACGCCGCCGAGCAACUCGUCAAACUAAAGGACUCUCUCCGCAAAGCCGACACCGACAGCUUCUGGAUUCAACUCACCCAGGGCCUCGCCAAAAUUGCCGAUGCUCAGUACGCUUUUGUGUCCAAGAGAAUCCUGGUUGAUGAUAAGAAUGUUGCUGUCGAACUGCCCCCCAUUGGAGAGCCUGGAGCAUGCCUCAUGGGCGAGGCCUUUUACAUCAACGACGACCAUGGCAACGGACCCGGCCAUCUGAGAAACUUCAAAUACCAUGCCUACCAAUGUCCGUGUGCCUACAUGAAGCACGACAAGGUCUUCGUGAUUCCCGAAAGAUUAAACGAUUUCAUCCUCGACAACCCAAAUGACCUGAUCAUCCCCGGAGAGGCUUACCUUGGAAUCCCUUUGUUUGCCGAGGGAAAGUGCUUCGCUCAUUUCGGUGUCAUGUGGGGAAAAGAGGGCGCAGCUCGUCGUGUGUUGAGCUGGGGGUUCCUCGAAAUGCUGUUCCAUAGCCUGGAAGACAUGAUUCUAGAACGCGUAUUGGAAGGCAACGAGUUUGCAAAGUCAGCAGAAUCAAUUCAAGCCGAGAUACCCAGGAUCGUACCGCACAGAGCCGUCUCGGCGGCUCAAUCAUUGAAGCCCUAUGCCCGGAGCUUAUCCCAUGAAUUAAGGACGCCAAUGCAGGGCGUUGUUGGUAUGCUGGAUGUUAUGAUGGCAAACGUAAAAGAAGCAUCAGAAUCAUUGCAGCUCGAAUCACGGACCCGUGAGAUACUCGACACACUCAGGGAGAAUAUUGAAGCUGUCCAAGACAGCUCAAGACGUGCAGUCGAGGCAGCCGAUAAUGUUGUCCAUGCCUACGACAUGAACAUGGGUGUUCCAGAGACCCCACUUUCGCCACUCGACAAGACUCCAGACCAGUGGAACACUUUCUGGCGUGAGAUGCGACCCGAUUUGAUGAUCACUGGUAACGACAUGCGUGCUCCAUUACGCGGCAUCAAGAGGAGGAGACACGAGGUUUCUUGGGCAGACCAUGCCAACAAGACACGCGUUGCCAAGAAUGCUCGCCAACGAGUUCGAGACAUCUUUUCAGAGGAGCCCCCCAAGCGCGGCACUAAGUCGUGCCCCCCGGACGCAAGCGCUCUGGAACUAGACCGACUGGACCACACCUGCUCGCAUGGAACCUCGUUAGGCAAAUGCGAUUCAACCACCUCGCCCAUCUUCGCAUCCGAACAUUCCAAAGUUCCCGGUCUCCGACAUACCAACCUAAGAGAAGUGCUUCAAUACGUCAUUAACGAUGCGCUCAAGGUAGGAGGAAGGCCGGAUUCUGCUAUUGCUGAGGCUACCGACACAGGAGAGCGCAUCGAGGUGCGAACACGUAGCUCAAACGGAGAGGCACAUACUAAAUGGAUCGAGUGGACCGUCUCUGCCGAUGUCCCAGAGACGAUUGUCAUCGAUGAACGGGAUCUCGCCAAGAUGGUCUCCUGCCUCGCUCUUAAUGCUAUCAAGUUCACACAGGAUGGAUCCAUCACACUUCAAGCGACACUCAGCGCAAAAGGCCGUUACAUUGUCAUCAACAUCAAAGAUACUGGCUCUGGCAUCCCAGCAGCUUUCCUACCUAACCUGUUCAAACCAUUCUCGAGAGAAGACGAUUCGAUGACACGACAGAGUGAGGGACUGGGUCUUGGUCUAAUGGUCGCCAAGGGGAUUGCAAGGAAACUAGGUGGUGAUCUCUUCUGUCUCCGUUCGCAUGUUUCUGGGCCAGGGAGAGGGUCGGAAUUCGAAAUGAGAGUCCCGCUUACCCCAGGCGAGAUUUGCAGUCGCCCUGCAACGCCUUUUGGAUCCCCUACACUUUCCAUCAAAUCCCGCAUGUCUAUCGAUCCGGAGGUACCCCACCUGGACCUCGGCCGUGGCCCCGUCACUCCUCCCUUGAGUUCCGAAUCAUUCAGGAGUGAUCGCGAACGUCAGCCGCCAAUUACACCUGUCAUCACUGUCCGCUCUGCAACAUCGCCAGAAGAUAUCGGCCUUGCUACCCCCCGCCGCACCUUGUCUCCUCCUCGACAACAACACGCCACUCGUGCUCUAUCUUCAGAGAGGGACGUUGUGCCAUCUGAUCUCGGCGUUCAACUGCCCCUGAACAUUCUAGUCGUAGACGACAACGCCAUCAACCGACGUGUGCUGGUAAGCAUGCUGGGUAGACUGGGCUACAAGAACAUCACUACGGCAUUCAACGGUAACGACGCCGUUGAGACUGUUCGUCGCAAUGCUCUCGGCCCAGCGACUGAGUCGUUUGACGUUGUCCUCAUGGACCUUUGGAUGCCGUUGUUGGAUGGCUUCCAAGCCACUGAGGUGAUUCUGAAGAUGCCAGAGCUUGAGCGGAAGCCGACCAUUCUGGCCGUGAGCGCGGACAUUACAGACGCCGCUCUUGACAAAGCGGUCAAGAGUGGCAUGAAAGGCUUUGUCACCAAGCCCUUCAUCACACGAGACAUUGCCCGAUUGAUUCGGACAUACUGCGCAAGCCAAUAA